GUGUCGGAAUGCUCUUCUUUUGACAAUUUUGAGUCCGGAUUUGCUUUUGCGAAGCCCUGUCACUCCAAGCGAGCUCGCCGCCGCCAUGCUGCUUCGACAUUGCUCGGCGGCUGCGUAGGUUGUACAGCGACAUCCACCACCGCCCAACAUUUAGUCGGAAAGGGGAGGUACGAUGGACGGCGAAUCACCGAAACCGUCGAUCACGACCCCGCGCCUUCCCGAUGUUAAUCACAAAGGGCACAAUGGAUUUUUCGAUUCAGUGGCUCAGACGUUUCAUGGGAAAGCCAAAAAUGCACGUGAACUAAAUCCGGGGGCAUCAAAGUUAGAUAUUGAGCAUAUCGAGGAUCGAAUGUUGCGAGAUACCAUGGAGCGCCAUCGUUUCGUUGGCGAUUUCAUGGAAAUCCGAGGCUCGUAUUUCCCAAACCUUGAAGAGAUGAAAGAGGCUAAUGAUGCACCUGAGACUGCCUCGGCGUUGUUGGCAGAGAUCAAGGGAAUGCGACAACGCCAUCGAGAUGAUGUAUCGACCCUGUACGAUUGGCAAACACAGGAUUAUUUGGCUGAGGCUAUGGAUCAAUAUGCCUCUAAAGACGAUGCCAUCACCCUCGCAGAAGUUGAGCGAUUCUACCAAACCUUACAUCGACCAGAUAUACCGUCUCAAUCUGCAUACAACUCGCAACUGGAGGCACUGCGUUACGGACAUGUCAAGACUUUGAUCCCCUUCGUGCGGCACUACAACGAGGUCCUAUCAAAGGAACAGGAAGCGAAACGUAGGCGUGAUAAUCACUUCCCCAAGAACCUUGAUGAGUUCCGCAAGCUACCGAACAAAGACUUACAAUACAAGAUCGCAAAGUUCUUAACGUUGGACGUCCUUGCGCAAGAUAAGUUGUUGCAGAAGUAUGGCUGGACUUGGCCGAAACUCAAAGCCCUCGACGACCAAUGGAAUACUAAUCCUCAGUUCAAGAUAGAGAUUCAGACUGUCGUUCAAGAGUGGGAAAGCAACAACCCAACAACGGCCAGACUUCAUCAAUGAUUCAGCAGUUCGUCCUCACAUCCAGGAUCCAGGGGGUUCUUUUCGUUUCACGUAUGUAUGUAUCGCCGGUUAUAUGUGAGUCGCCGUAUCGCUCAACUUCGACCAGUUGCUGAUUUGAGUCAAGAUGUACAUGUCUGAGAAGCCCCUUGUUGAAAUUCCUCUCAUCUUCUAUCUCUAUCUGCAUUGUUUUCAUCCUUGUCCUUGCUCGCUGUAACAAUCCCUUUGACAAGCUCGCCACGUACACCAGGAUACUCACGCCUGACAUUCGGUUUGAUACAUGCUCCACUUUUGUCCAAACUGCAUCACGGCUUCGACCCCUCUCGCCCAUCGCCGAAAACCUGAGAGCUAAAAAAAUUCAGUGAAGCUCUCGUCAUAUAUGUCCAUCACGGCCCUGACUGUUCGGUGAAGCAUCAUGAUCGAUGGAAUUGGAAGUAAGGUUUGGUCUUGAUCGACUGAUGUCAAUAUCGUCGUUCGUCUCAGGAAGCAGAAGCAAAUCAAGAUGCGAGAUCACA